CCAAGUUUCAUGCCUCUCUAUCCAUAAUCCCCAUAUGAUAGUCGUUACCCGAGAAGAGAUACCGAUGUGCAUCCACGCCCUAAGGGGGGAUAAUAGGAAAAGAGAAGAAAUAGAACUAUGCCUUAGCAACGCCAACCGCUGAGCUUCAAUUCAAAGUACCGGUACCCGUCCGAAACCAGGUUUCGUGCCCGCCAUCACCAUUGCCACUACGAUACCGCCUCCAUCACCAUCACCAUCAUCGAUUGCCCCGGGCUGGUGAGAAUCAGAGAUCAUACUUCUCCGGCUAGCAACAGACAAGACAGUCGCAGAGAUAAUGGCUGACCUGGCCGUGUCCCCACUGUCCUCCAUAGCGCACAGCAGUCGGCACUCGCGCAAAUCUACGGGAAACAUCAACUUCAGCCAGAUGUCCUUAUCCCCGCUAACGUCAGGCGCCGUCAUCACAGAGCAGGACUUCUGCAGGAAGGAACGGAGGGGUAGGGAGGGGAGUUAUAUCCAGGGCCUAUCGGCGCCCACCACUCCAGGAAUAUUGAGCAGAAGUCACUCUUUCUCGUCCCGGAAGAGUUCCUACAUUGAUUUGCCAAAAUCGAAGUCCUCGUCACAACUAUCGCACCGUAGUAAUUCUACUGAAUGGCUACAGAGAACUGGGGCAGCUUUGACGUCCGAGACCCGGGAGUUUAAGGGUCAGUCGUGGCUAGUCUCCCGCGCGAGCAGCACCAGUCUGGUUAAAGAUGGUGACGACGAUGAAAUUCCUGACUCCUUCGCUGCUACUACCACUGGAAUAACAACACCUAGGAGGAGGCCAUCGAGAGUAUACAGCAAUGGAGGGUACAUGUCUGAAGAAUUGGAAGCGUUGGAGCGUGGCAAUGGUUACUUCGACCAAUUAGACGACAAAGCGGACGAGCAGAAGGAAGGGGAGGAGGAGGAGAUUGACAUCCCCAAGGGAUUUGGAUUGGGCCAGUUUGUCGAUAGGAUGAUUGGAUGGACCGUGUUUGCCGAGGAUGAUGCCGAGGACGACGAAAGUCUCGAUGGGUACGAGGAAGAGGCAUUGGCUGAGAAGGCGAGUUUUAGAAGUCAGAGUGUCAAGUUUGAUACCAUUGACGAAGAAAAGUUGAGGGAGCAAAGAAGGCUUAGAGACGAGGACAUGGGGUGGCAGGAUCCAGCUUGGGUGUUUAGUAUCGCUUCACAGGUUCUAUUGUAGAAAAUUUGUUUUGUACGCUGCUGCAGCGCUUUACUGUAUUCGAAUCGUGCCUCACCGCUCAUUAGGCAUCUUUAUUCGAUGAUCCAAUACACUCUCUUGCAUCUGCUACAUGCCUACCUUACACCUAUUUUUCACUUUUCACAAUUGAACCACGAUUCAUGAACC